GAGAUGCAGAUGUGACGGAUGAAGAACUUCAGACCGCAAUGUGUGGAGCUGAAAGACUGGUAAACUCACGGCCCAUCACUUAUGUGAAUUCAGAUCCAAACGACCCGUCCCCACUUACUCCAAAUCAUUUUAUAGUCGGACAGAUCGGUGGGGUAUUUGCUCCUGAAGCUCUUGAUCAAGUUGAAGCGAACAACCCUAGGAAUCGCUGGCAUCGAGUACAACAAUUGUUACAGCUGUUCUGGAAGCGCUGGAGAAAGGAGUUCCUUCCCCGUCUUAAUGUAAGCAAGAAAUGGUUUCAUCCCAAACAUAACCUGAAACAAGGCGAUGUGGUAUUGAUUGCUGAACCCAAAGCAAGUAGGGGAGAAUGGCCUCUUGCCCGUGUGAUCGAAGCGUAUCAAGGAAGUGCCGGCCUAGUCCGAGUUGUAAAGGUGAAAUCCAGGAACAAAGAAUAUUUCCGUCCUAUACAUCGAUUGUGUCGUCUCGAGUAUGUUGACGAACAUUCGGACAAUGAAGAUAGAUAACUGAAACGUUAUAUAGAAGUGAACAUAAAGGACGUUAAUUAAGUCGUAUUUGUUAGUAUUCAUUGACAUUGCUAAUCCCUCUAUUUAUUGUCUUUAAGUGGAAUCGAAUGCGUUGCAUUCGGGAGGGGGAUGUUAACGAACGAUAUUAUUAUACGAAGUACUUGUUAUCAUGACCGCUGAAAUAGUCGCGCGGGCGACAAAACGUUUUUUGAACGUUCUAGUUUAUAUUUUUUGACUACAAAAAGACGAUAUUUAGGCUAUUUUUGUGUUUAAAGACUCGGAAUAAAGUGGCGAAUUAUCUCGUGUAGACAUUUUAUAGACAGUUCAAUUAAUCGGGAACAAUCCGCAUAACCUGUCAGUGGAUAGAUGAUUGAUAAAACACGCUUUUGAACCCGUUCCAGGGCAUUAGAUAAGUAGGAAGGAAGGGCGAAGUGGAAAACUUGACAGCUGAAUUCCAUGACUGGUCUGACGCAGGUAGUGUAAAAAUGUAUUAUGUCAGCUUCAGGUACAUGAGCACGUUUCAACUGAAUAAUAAAAUAAAUCCGUUUGUUCGCCUUCUUAACUAUGUUAGUUAUGUGUUGGUUCCAUUUUAGAUCUUUAGAAAUUGUCAAACCUAGGAUUCUUGCGUGGUUCACUGUCUCGAUUUGGCCUGAGAUGAUCUUAAGGCGCGGAAAUUCUUUCUCAGGUUUU